AUGGCCACCCUAGCGCCGCCUCCCAGUAAACGGCAAAAGAUCGCUGCAGAGGAGAGGGCAGAGAGGGCACUUGAAGAAUCAAAGAUACCCGACAACUUGGGCAGUGUGAGAGUGCAAUUUGUCGACCAGAGCACGGGAAAGUCAACGGGAUCUGUGGUCGCUGUCCCUGUCAAAGAUGCCACUGUCAAAAACCUCGAGACGCUGCUGAAUACCAUACAGGGCCAUGAUCCCGGCGAGCGACUGCCCUACCGCUUCUUCUUCCAGAUCGAUCGAAUUCCGACUACCCAUGAAGGUCCGAACGCCAUUGUCGAUGUACAAAAUGACCUAUACAACUCCAUCCUCAAGCCGGGCUUGAAGACUACGGAAGACAAUAUCAUCCUCCAGUUCACUCCUCAGGCUGUAUUCCGCGUCCGGGCUGUUUCAAGAUGUUCCGCGUCAAUAGCAGGGCACGGUGAAGCCAUCCUCGCGACUGCAUUCUCGCCGGAGACAUCUUCGAGGAUGGCCACGGGGAGUGGGGACAACACUGCACGGAUAUGGGACUGCGAUACCGGAACACCGUUACAUACUCUGAAGGGACACACGAGUUGGGUGCUUGCGGUUUCAUGGUCUCCAGAUGGCAAAAUCCUUGCGACUGGAAGCAUGGACAACACCGUGCGGCUGUGGGACCCAAAAACAGGAGAGUCUCUCGGCGGGCCGUUGAAGGCGCACACCAAAUGGAUCACAAGCCUCUCAUGGGAACCAUAUCACAACCAGGCGCCUGGGAAGCCCCGCCUGGCGUCAGCCUCAAAAGAUGGCACAGUAAGGAUCUGGGACAUCCCGCUUCGGCGCAUUGAGCAGACCCUUUCUGGCCAUAAGGGGUCGGUGACUUGUGUGCGAUGGGGCGGGCUUCAUCGAGUAUUCACCGCCUCCCAAGAUAAAACGAUCAAAAUAUGGAAUUCGCGGACGUGGAAUUGCUUACACACAUUGUCCUCGCACACUCACUGGGUCAACCACCUCUCUCUCUCCACCGACUUUGCCAUCCGGACGUCUUAUCACGACCACACCGGUAAGUCUCCGUCGUCAACCGAAGAAAAAGUGGCCAAGGCGAAACAGCGGUUCGAAGAAGCGGCUCGGCAGGACGGAAAGCUGGUGGAGAGACUCAUCUCUGCGUCGGAUGACAACACCAUCUUCCUGUGGGAACCGUCUUCUUUCGACCCGGACUCGAAGGCGACUCCCAAGCCUGUUGCGCGCUUGUUGGGCCACCAAAAGCAAGUCCUCCAUGUGUCCUUUUCCCCGGACGGCCACUACAUUGCGUCGGCAAGUUUCGACAACAGCGUCAAGCUGUGGAACAGUCGAGAUGGCAAAUUCAUCUGCACCCUGCGAGGCCACGUGGGAGCUGUGUACAUGUGCGCAUGGUCCAGUGACAGUCGGCUGCUGGCCAGUUCGAGUAAAGACACCACCGUCAAGGUGUGGGAUGUGAAGACAGGAAAGUUGAAGAUGGAUCUACCGGGACACAAGGAUGAGGUGUUCGCUCUGGACUGGUCGGUUGAUGGCACUUGUGUGGCCAGCGGUGGAAAGGAUAAGCUUGUCAAGUUAUGGAAGCAUUGA